UUAUGCCGCCUCCACCGCACGCGCCGAUGCCGAUGCACCCGCUCCCGCACGCGCCGCCGCCGGCGCCUUUCGAGGGGUUCGGGCCUCCUCGCCUGCACGUGCACGCGGGGUUUGGGGAAAGGACGCGGUUUCUCUUCGGGGCGAAGUGGGGGUCUACGCCGCGGCCAGAUCCGAAGCGCAUGCUCAAGCUGCUUGUGACCGAGCCCUCCGGGAGACCCGAGGCUCUUUCACCGAAGGUUCCAAUGAUGAAGAGGAAAGCAGAUGAGAGUGCUGCAACUACUGUCCCAAACAAAGUACAGAAACAAGCCGAGGACUGGAGCUGUGCACUAUGCCAGGUUAGUGCACCAUCUGAAGCUGGUCUAAAUGAGCAUCUUGGAGGAACAAAACAUAAGGCGAAGUUGGCACAAUGUGGCGUCAGCAAGGCGAUCAAAGAUGACAAAAACUGCUUGCAGACGACCACUGGGAAUGAGAGCAACACAGAUCCUUGUGAUGCACCUAAGAAAAUAUGCAUGCUAGUAGACAGUGCAACAUGUGAAGCUGGUGUAAAUGAGGAUCUUGGAGGAAGAAAACAUAAGGCGAAGUUGGCACAAUGUGGCGUCAGCAAGGCGAUCAAAGAUGACAAAAACUGCUUGCAGACGACCACUGGGAAUGAGAACAACACAGAUCCUUGUGAUGCACCUAAGAAAAUAUGCAUGCUAGUAGAUGGUGAAAUGCAUGAAGUUGUCCGGAAGAACGACAAUCUGUGGUGUGAUCGCUGCAGAGUCAGGUGUCAUAGUAAAGUCAUCAUGGCUGGCCAUCUGCGGAGCAAGAAGCACAGUAAGUUAAACAAGGUUAGGACAUCGAUAAAGGCUGUGAGGACAAAUACCAAUACUAAGGAAGGUUUGCCUUCUUGUGGAAGUCAGGUAAAUACAAACAGCCCUACUGAAAUUCCAGCGGUAAUUGAAGGCGACCUAAAUAUGACCACCGGAGUAGAUGAAAGCGGCCCUGUAGAAAAUCCAGUCCAGAAAGAAAUCCAUCCGCGGAGCAAGAAGCACAGUAAAUUAAACGAUGGUUGGACAUCAAUAAAGGCUGUGAGGGCAAAUACCGAUACUAAGAAACAAAUCCAUCCGACGAGCAAGAAGCAAGGUAAAUUAAACAAUGUUUGGACAUCGAUAAAGGCUGAGAGGACAAAUACCGAUACUAAGGAAGGUUUGCCUUCUUGUGGAAGUCAGGCUCUUUCAUCAAAUCCAAAGGUUCCAACAGUGAAGAGGAAAGCAGAUGCAAAUGCUGCAACUACUGUGCCAAAGAAAGUACAGAAAUUAACCAAGGACUGGAGCUGUGCACUAUGCCAGGUUAGUGCACCAUGUGAAGCUGCUCUAAAUGAGCAUCUUGGAGGAAGAAAGCAUAAGGCAAAGUUGGCACAGCGUGGCGUCAGCAAGACGAUCAAAGAUGGCAAAAACUGCUCGCAGACGACCACUGGGAAUGAGAACAGCACAGAUCCUUGUGAUGCACCUAAGAAAAUAUGCAUGCUUGGAGGAACAAAGCAUAAGGCAAAGUUGGCACAGUGUGGCGUCAGCAAAACAAUCAAAGAUGGCAAAAACUGCUUGCAGACGACCACUGGGAAUGAGAACAACACAGAUCCUUGUGAUGCACCUAAGAAAAUGAAAAUAUGCAUGCCAGUAGACGGUGCAAUGCAUGAAGUUGUUCGGAAGGACAAAUACCUGUGGUGUGAUCACUGCAGAGUCAGUUGUGAUAACUAUGCCACCAUGGCUUGCCAUCUGCGGUGCAAGAAGCAGAGUAAAUUAACCAAGGUUUGUUCAUCGAUAAAGGCUGUGAGGACAAAUACCAAUACUACGGAAGGUUUGCCUUCUUCUUGUGGAAGUCAGGUAAAUACAAAUGGCUCUACUGAAAUUCCAGCGGUAAUUGAAGGCGGCAUAAAUAUGACCACCACGGUAGAUGAAAGCGGCCCUGUAGAAAAUCCAGUCCGGAAAGAAAUGACAAAAACGGCCACCAUAAAGGCUGUGAGGACAAAUGCUGAUACUAAGGAAAGUUUGCCUUCUUGUGGAAGUCGGGUAAAUACAAACGGCUCUAUUGAAAUUCCAGUGGUAAUUGAAGGCGACAUAAAUAUGACCACCGCAGUACAUGAAAGCGGCCCUGUAGAAAAUCCAGUCCGGAAAGAAAUCACAAGAAUGGCCACCAUAAAGGCUGUGAGGACAAAUACUGGUACUAAGGCAAAUUUGCCUUCUUCUUGUGGAAAUCAGGUAAAUACAAACGGCUCUACUGAAAUUCCAGCGGCAAUUGAAGGCGACAUAAAUAUGACCACCGCAGUAGAUGAAAGUGGGCCUGUAGAAAAUCCAGUCCAGAAAGAAAUACAAAGAAUGGCCACCAUAUGGGCAAUGUUUUCUUGCUAAGUUUCUACUGGUAAUCAAGCUUAUCUCAGGUGUUGCUGGGAGAAACCCAACAAAUCAUGGGAGAUCAGAAAACUCAGUGAACAUCAUGGCAAGCUUGCAGCCAAGAAGCAAUCCAUGUCCUGUGGUCCUGCUGUUUAUUUCUGUUAGGCCAGAGUUCCAAUGUCUCUCGCAUUGCUCAGCUGUUGUACCUUCUCGAGUUUGAAUUCUGGAUUGUUAUAAUUUGUAUCUCAUAUAGAUCUGGUGUUAUAUCUUCUGAAAUAAUCUAUACUGACGUCUGCCCUA